AUGGGAAGGGCCGACCGUGAAGUGAUGAGCACGAAUGGCAAGCAUGUGGCAACACUCCAAAUGAAUGGUGCUGCGCAUGGUAGCACCUCGACUCUGCAUGUUGACCAUAAAGCGUUAGCUGACGUCAGCCUCAUGAGUAGCAGCAUCGAGAGCACUUCAACACGAAAUGCUCUCAUCCUUUACGGCUCGGAAACAGGCAACGCCCAAGACAUAGCAGAAGAAAUUGGUCGCUUGACAGAACGCCUACACUUCACAACCACUGUUCUCGACCUAGACUCCGUUUCCCUCCGAGACCUGAUCAAGUAUUCUGUUGUAGUCUUCGCCAUCUCCACUACUGGCCAAGGAGAGUUCCCACAGAACGCCCGUCGGUUUUGGAAGACGCUUCUGUCUAGCGCCCUGAAGCCUGGAUUACUAAGGAAGGUACGCUUCACAUCAUUUGGACUCGGUGACUCGAGUUAUGCGAGGUUCAAUACCGCGCAUCGGAUGCUUUGUGGACGAAUGCUACAGCUUGGUGCCAGGACAUUCUGUGAACGAGGCGAGGGUAAUGAACAGCAUCCUGAGGGGCAUAGUGUGGGUUUGAGGGAAUUUGUUGUGACUUUGAGGCAAUCUUUGCUUGAAACAUUUCCACUUCCGGAAGAUCAGUCACCGAUUGAAGAUGAUGUCUUCUUGGAGCCGAAGUGGAAGUUGCAGUUGGAGCAUGCCAGGGCCAGUAUCGAUGGUGCUAACAAAGUCGUAUCUCAAAGCGCUAGAGACUUGCCUUCAGCUUCAUCAGCCAGGCAGGGCGAGGAUGGAGUGCCGAGCGACGAUAUUCUACCUAUCAAAUCUGCCUACACUGCAACACUCCUACAUAAUAAACGUAUUACGCCUAUGAGCCACUUUCAGGACGUCCGGCAUCUUGACUUCCAACUGGAUGAUCGAUAUGAGUACAACCCUGGUGCCGUUGCAGUCAUCUACCCCAAGAAUUUCCCAGAAGACAUCCAAGCUUUCAUCGAGCUAAUGGCAUGGCAAGGAGUAGCAGAUCGGCCGUUGGAACUGAUCGCCUCUGAAGAUCAGACGGCAGGAGUACUUGCAUCGCCAUCACCGGUACGCCACUUCGACCUCACUAGCACAAUAGUGACUAUUCGCUGGCUGCUCGAAAAUGUGCUGGAUAUCAUGUCCAUACCUCGUCGCUCCUUCUUCGCCUCCCUCGCCCAUUUCGCUGGCAAGGAGACGGAGGAUGAGGAGUACCAGAAAGAACGUCUCCUCGAAUUGGCCAAUCCCGAGCUGAUUGACGAGCUAUGGGACUACACGACUCGGCCCAAGCGCACAAUUCUGGAAGUGAUGAUGGAUUUCACCACCAUCAGGAUUCCUUGGCAGUAUGUGCUUACUGCUUUGCCAUUGAUGAAAGGAAGACAAUUCAGUAUUGCUAGCGGAGGGCUGCUGAAGGUUGAUGAGCAGGGAAGGACGAAAGUCGAGCUGCUUGUGGCUGUUGCGGAUCCGCCGAGUCCCAUUAUCAAGUGGCGACGACGAUAUGGAGUCUGUACGAGGUACAUCACCUCGCUCGAAGCAGGCCAAAGCAUCACGAUUGGUAUGCAGCCCGGCUACCUGGACGUCAAACCGAAUGAGAUCAAUGUUCCGGCUAUCAUGAUCGGGCCUGGUACGGGCUUGGCUCCAAUGCGGAGUAUGAUUCAUCAACGACUGGCUUGGGCACGAGAGAUGGAUGUAAGGCAUGAUGGGCGACGACUGACGGGCGACAUCCUCAUUUUCGGCUGUCGGGAUGAAAGUGCAGACUGUUUCUUCCAUGAUGAAUGGGACGACAUUUCCACGAGCGAAGACCUUACUUUGCUUACUGCUUUCUCCCGAGAUCAGCGACGUCCACGGCAGUAUGUGCAGGAUAAGAUCAGGGGAGCUAGGACUGACAUCAGAAGGGCUUUGAUGAUUGGCGGCAGAGUCUAUGUUUGUGGCAGUUCGGGGAAUAUGCCGAAGGGUGUUAGAGAGGCGCUUGUGGAUGUGCUGAUGGGUGGCGACGGUGAUGAAAGCUUGGUAAGGGAGGAGGCGGAGGGUCUCCUCGAUAGGAUGGAGAAGGCGGGGAGGUAUAAGCAGGAAACUUGGUAG